AUGAGGCAUGGGAUCUCUGUGAUUUCACUCCUUCGCAAGAGAGAACCAUGGCAGUUCUUCAUCAGAACAUCUUGGAACACUGUGUGUCUGCCAACUUGCGUAGAUUUGCAUGAUCGUAGUACUGGUCAAGCUCCAAGUCCAGGUUUGAGAUAUAAAAAGUGAUCGUUUCAAGUCAUCAAGAAAAUGAGAAGUGAUGAAGUUGCAGAAAGAAACUUGCAAGGCUUGCCUCUACCUUCUUAUGAAACUGCUAUGGAAGCACUUUCCUCUCUCAUUUAUCGUGAGAAGCGUGGAGAUAGAUCAAGUAUAGAUGGAACAACUUCAGGUAGAUAUAGCAAGUUGCAGAGGAUGCGUAUUUAUCUUAAGAUGUUAGGUUUGGAGGAACAUAUAGCUGGUCUCAAAAUUAUUCAUGUUGCUGGAACUAAAGGGAAGGGUUCAACAUGCACAUUCUGUGAGGCUAUUUUACGGGAAUGUGGAUUUAGAACUGGACUCUUCACGUCCCCACACCUAAUUGAUGUGAGAGAAAGGUUUCGGAUAGAUGGGUUGGAUAUUUCAGAGUAUAAAUUUUUACAGUACUUUUGGGAUUGUUGGAACCAGUUGAAGGAAAAAAUGAUGGAGGACUUGCAAAUGCCCCCACUAUUUCAGUUCCUUACUUUAUUGGCCCUUAAGAUAUUUGUCUGCGAAAAGGUUGAUGUUGCAAUUAUUGAAGUUGGUCUUGGGGGGGAGCUGGACUCGACGAACGUGAUCAAAGACACUCUUGUUUGUGGCAUAUCUUCCUUGGGGAUGGAUCAUACAGAAAUUUUGGGAAAUACACUUGCAAAAAUUGCAUCCCACAAGGCUGGAAUUUUCAAGCGUAAAGUUCCUGCUUUCACGGUACCCCAACCUUCGGAAGCACUGGAUGUUCUUCAGAGAAGGGCCUCUAAAUUAAUGGUUCCUUUACAAGUAGCACCUCCCCUUGAUCCUGAAAAGUUGAAUGGAGUAAAGCUUAGCUUGUCUGGUGAUCAUCAGUUCAUAAAUGCUGGCCUUGCUGUUGCUCUUUGUAGAUGUUGGCUUCAAAGUACAGGAAACUCAAAGGAACUCUUCGAAAACAAUUCGUCAAAUUUGCCAGAGGAAUUUCUGAAAGGUCUUUCAACUGCACAUCUUUCUGGACGGGCUCAGAUUGUUCAUGAUAUUAUCAAAGAUAAUUCUUGUGGAGAUCUGAUCUUUUACUUGGAUGGAGCUCACAGCCCUGAGAGCAUGGAAGUUUGUGCAAAGUGGUUCUCCAAUGCUGUAAAAGAAGACAAUAUGUCUUCUUCUUCUGAGAAUGAAAAAAUGAAAGAAUUGAGUAAUUCUGCUGGUGAACAUGGAAAACAGAAUUUUGAGGGCUCAAAGAGAAUCUCAAAGCAGGUUCUCUUAUUCAAUUGCAUGGACGUGAGAGACCCCCAGAUUCUGCUGCCACGGCUUGUCAAUAAUUGUGCUUCCUCCGGUGUUCAUUUUUCCAAAUCCCUUUUUGUUCCAAGUAUGUCAAAAUAUAACAAGGUCACAUCUGGUGCUACAGUGAUGUACCCAGAUUGUUCUCCUAAAGACUUGUCAUGGCAAUUUACCCUCCAGAGAAUUUGGGAGAAGAUAAUGCAUGGGAAAGGUGAAGAUGCUAUCCUUGAAGAGAACUCCAAGAAAGAUAACCCAGUGACCUCAACAUUUGAUGGAUCCCUUUUUAGAGAUUCUCGUCAGAAAUGCAAUCCUUCCAAGGGACAUUUCACAUGCAGUGCUGUGAUUCCAUCAUUGCCAUUGACAAUAAAAUGGAUGAGAGACUCUGUUAAAGAAAACCCUUCUGUAAGAGUUCAGGUUCUUGUAACUGGGUCUCUGCAUCUAAUCGGAGAUGUAUUGAAGCUCUUAAGGAAGUGAUGUAAGUUAAAAGCAGUGAUUAAAGUCAUUCAUUAUUUGUGCAUCCUCAAACAUUGUCAAGCUCAAGCCUACAUUGUUUAAAGCAAGCAAGGUUCAUUACAUUGCUGGCUAAACAAAUAAUGACUAUCCUAUAUGAUUUCUACUGUAAGUUACAUUGUUGUAUU